UUUUCCGGUCUUCCCAAACAGCAUGGCGAACUUGAAGCAUGCAGAAGACGAACCAAAACAUGUGAGAAUGUCAGGUGAAGUAUCCGCCACCGGCGCUGAAGUCACGCCAACAGAGGAGUCCUCUUUACCGGGCGGAGGUGCGGGCGCGCUCCCGUGCUCCGUCCCGUCGUUCGCGGCCGCCUCAGAGCUGCUGUCAGCGCCGUACUCGUGUCUGGUGAUGAACACGCACCGGAGACACGUCGCCCUUCCGCCCGUGUACCUGAACAAGAAGAGGACAGGUAUUCAGGAGGAGCUGGAGGCCGAGCUGCUCAAGUUCUCUCAGAGUCUAAAGGGAGUACCCCUGGCUUACGACAACAUCAGGAUAGUGGGCCAGCACGGAGCCAUCUACAACGACAGCGGCUACAUCCACAUGGACAUAGAGGCCAACUUUAUCGUCUUUCAGCCCCGAAAAGGACAGACACUGAUAGGUAACGUGAAUAAACUAGGAGCAAGCCACGUGGGCUGCCUGGUGCACGGCUGCUUCAACGCCAGCAUCCCUAAACCCAACCUGGUGUCUGUGGAAACCUGGCGGGACGCAGGGCCCAGAAUCGGAGCAGAGCUGGAGUUCGAGGUGACUACACUUGACGCUGACACUGCGGGGGUGCUGCUGAUCAGAGGACGGCUGAACAGGACCAGGGUGCAAGAGCUGCUGGCCUUGUGUGAGAGCUCAGAGUCAGGCGCCCCCGCAGACCAGCCAGAGCCACCAGAGACAGAACCGAACCCAGAACCCACAGAGGAGUCUCCUGAAGACACCCCCAAGAAGAAGAAGAAAAAGAAGAAGGACAAAGUCAAAGAGGAGGAGAGAGAAGGGGAGGUGACAGGUACACCCUCCUGCCAGCUGGAUGGCAACACGACAUUAGAGCUGAACGGAACAGUGAAUGAGGCAGACGGUGAGAAAAAGAAGAAGAAAAAGAAAAAGGAGAAACAUGUGAAAGAAGAGGAGGUUGAGGUUGAGCUCUCUGCAAUGGAGGUCCACGGCAGUGACUCGAGCGGCUAUGUUAGUGACAAGCCGAGCAAAAAGAGGAGACGUGAAACUGGGACAGAUGUCACAUCUGGUUUUAGUGAAGGUCCUGAAACACCAAAAUCCAAGAAGAAGAGGAAAAAUGACAUUGAGCAGUUUGCCUGAAAAACGGAUCAUAUAUUGAGUUUAACAAUCGAGGUGAUACAACAUUAAUUCUGGAUAAGUAUAGAGAUGUGCCUUAACGAUUAAACAAAAGUUUAGCAGGCAAGAUUUCUGGUGGCUUAUUGUUAGUGCGUCUAAAAUCAUUCAAGCACAGAAGUCUUUCUACAGUCACAUGUUGUAGAGCAGACUUGACAGAUUUGUCCUCACUGGGUUGCAAUGCCCCCACACAGCCUGAUGGGGGAGCAAAACUGCCUCAUACAUCCACACUGGGACCCAAAAACACAGGAACAAAACCUUGUCAGCUUCAUCCGUUAAACACGGUGCUGAGAUGAACAGGGCAGGUCUUUGCAUUGAAUUUACAGAGCCAGUGGGGAAAACAUGAGUUGAUAUUAAUGUUCUGUACUUUGGUAUAUAUUCAGCUGCUUGGAUACUGGAGAAGAAUGGCUGUGAGCCUGAGUUCAGUUUAAGAAACUUCUGUUUUUUAUUGCCUCAUGUGCCUGUUUGAAAAGGUUGUCUAGUAACAGCUGCAAGGACAAACGUGUUUUUACACCCAAAUAUCCAGUCAGCGUCCUAGACAUGUGUCAUGCUCAGUGACAGGCAGUGCAGUCAGGAAUUAUUUGUGCUGUUUCACUUUCUUCCUUCACUGCUGCAUUGACUUUUCACAUGCAAAAAGUGAACAUUUAAUAUUCACCUCUCAUCCCAAUUAAAGAGCUCUAUAUUUUGACA